AUGGAGACUUCUGUGAUACUGCUGAUCUUCCUGGGAGCCAUCUCAGGUGUAAUCCAUGGAGCUGGCGUGCUACCCGACAGUCUGACUGCCGUUGUCGGAGAGACGGUGACGUUCACCACCACCGUGACUCCAGCUGAGAUACCAUUCCUGGUUGUCACCUGGAGUUUUGAGGAUAGCCAAGGUUCUAGUGUUAAUAUAAUAACCUCAACUAAUGCAGAUAUAAUUGGACCAGCGUACACAGGCCGGGUGAAACUCCUCAGAUCUACUGGAUCUCUGGAGUUUAGUAAUCUGACAAUUAACGACAGCGGCGAAUACAAAGUCACCAUCAUACCAACUGGUGGCGCGCAGCAGAAAGGAAGGUGCCGACUGCUGUCAGAAGUGCCGGUCUCCAGGGUAACGGUAACACCGAUCAGCAGCACAGACCUGGUGGAGUUCAGCUCCAUCCGUCUGUCCUGCUCCGCCUCUGGAUCCUCCCUCUCUUACCUCUGGCUGAACGGCAGCUCUACGAUCACAGCCGGCGACGGAGGCUCCACUCUCACUUUAGUCAAUGUGACCCGUUACGAUCAGGGACCAUUCAGGUGUCACGUGUUUAAUCCUGUCAGUAACGGCACCAGUGACCCAGUUAGCCUCUCCAUCAGCUAUGGCCCAGAGAACAUCAGUGUAACACACAAUCCGCCACAACAAUACCACGCGGCAGGGUCCAACGUCAGCCUAUCCUGCUCAGCUGUCUCCAGACCUGCAGCCCAGUAUUACUGGUUCCUGAACGGAGACAGACUGUCUGACGCUGGCCCGGAGCUCAGACUGAUCCACGUCCAGGAGAGUCAGAGUGGAAGCUACAGCUGUCAGGCCUUCAACAACAAAACUCUGAGAUCUCAAACAGCUCAAGUGCCAGCUCUCACUGUACUGGUUCCAGUGUCUAAUAUAGAAAUGAACGCCAGCAGCACCGUCAUGUUUGAGUUCAACAGCUCCGUCCGCCUGUCCUGCUCCUCCUCUGGAUCCUCGCUCUCCUUCCUCUGGAUGAACGGCAGCUCCGAGGUCACGGCCAGCGACAGAGUUCAGCUCACGGACGGAAACUCCUCUCUCAUCAUAUAUAAUGUGACCCGUUACGACCAGGGACCCUUCAGGUGUCGUGUGUCUAACCCUGUCAGUAGCGGCACAACUGCUCCAGUCAACCUCCUCAUCAUCUUGGGCCCAGAAAACAUUAAUCUGACAGUGUUUCCAGCACAAGAACACCACGACGAGGGGUCGGACGUCGGCCUGACGUGCUCAGCUGUCUCCAGACCUGCAGCGCUCUAUUACUGGUUCCUGAAUGGAGACAAACUGUCGGAUACUGGACCAGAGCUCAGACUGGUCAACAUCCGUUUGAGUCAGAGUGGAAACUACAGCUGUCAGGCCUUCAACAACAAAACCAUGAGGCGUCAAACAUCUCAGCCUGUUGCUUUAACUGUACUGAAAUCUAACGUCUCCAAUGUGGUGAUAACUCCCGACGCCACAGACUUGAUCGAGUUCAACAGCUCCGUCAGUCUGUCCUGUUCCUCAUCCGGUUCCUCGCUCUCCUUCCUCUGGCUGAACGGCAGCUCAGGGGUCACGGCCAGCGACAGAGUUCAGCUCACCGACGAUGGCGCCACUCUCACUAUAAUAAAUGUGACCCGCUACGACCAGGGACCGUUCAGGUGUCACGUGUUCAACAAUUUCAGUAAUUCCACCAGUGAUCCGGUGAAACUCUCCAUCAGCUUCGGCCCAGAAAAUAUUAAUCUGAAGCUGUUUCCAUCACAACAAUUCUAUGAAGAAGGAUCAGAUAUAAAGCUGCUGUGCUCAGCAGUGUCCAGACCUGCAGCCACGUUUUACUGGUUCCUGAAUGGAGAGAGGUUGUCAGCCACUGGACCAGAGCUCCAACUGGUGAAGAUUGAGCAGAGUCACAGUGGGAAAUACAGCUGUCAGGCCUUUAACAGCAAAACACUGAGAUAUAAAACAUCUGACCCUGCGGUUGUGUUGAUACUGGUACCCGUCUCCAAUAUCACAGUAACACAGAGCAGCAGCACAGAUUUGUUGGAGUUCCACAGCUCCGUCAGUCUGUCCUGCUCCUCCUCCGGAUCCUCGCUCUCCUUCCUCUGGCUGAACGGCAGCUCGGAGGUGAUGGCCAGCGACAGAGUUCAGCUCACUGACGGAGGCUCCAAUCUCACGAUUUUCAAUGUGACCCGGUACGACCAGGGACCGUUCAGGUGCAACGUGUCCAAUGGCUUCACUUAUGGAAUCAGCCAGUCAAUGAAUAUUAUCAUUCAAUACGGACCCGACAACGUGAAGAUUGUCGGACCCACAUCUACACACGCUGGAGUUAUCACGAUGCUCUACUGCUCCAGUGUUUCUGUUCCACCCGCAAAGUUCACCUGGAUGUUUCAAGGAAAGCCAACGGCUGUACAAGAGGCUGUGUACGUCAUCCAAUCAGGCAGAAACUCGGACAGUGGGACGUACACCUGCACGGCUGAGAACACUGUGACAGGACAGAGUCAAACAGUGCACCACACUUUAACUGUCACCGAUUUCUCAGACUGUGACUGCUCAGCUGCUGCUGCCGGAGCUGGCAUCCUCGCAGCUGGGUGUUUUCUCAUUAUUUUGGUUGUGGGCGGUCUAUGUGUGUACUGUCUGGUGAGGAAGAGGAGGAGCAGCAAUUACCCAGCACAUCACAAACAUAAAUUAAGUGUGAGGGUGAAGCAUUCAGAUGUGUACAAGAUCACAGGAACAGCUAAACAAAGCAAUUUGAAGUCCUUCAGCGGCUACUUUGGUAUGUGUGUGGGUCAAAGUAUUUUACCCCCGGGUCCCCUGAGUGGAGCCGUGGCAGACUCUGUGAAAUUCAGCACAAACGUCCAGCCUCCGAGGAUUCCAUUCAUCUCCGUCAGCUGGAGUUUCAAAGGGGUCAACAUCAUCACCUCCACGAGUGCCUCAAACACCACGGGGCCCGAGUACGCCAACAGAAUCUCACUGGAACGAGCCACGGGAGGCCUGGAGCUCAGGAACCUGGUGCUGGAGGACGGGGGGGACUACACCGUCACCAUCGUACCAGCGGAGGGGCCACAGAAGCAGGGGGAGACCACUCUGAAUGUGUAUACAAAGAUAACAGCAGCCACCAUCCGCAGCCCUGCAGCCGUCCUGAUAGAAGAUGAAAGCUCCACCAACCUCACCUGUGAGGCCUCCGGCUCCAUCAGCAGCAGAGUGUGGAUGAAGGACGAGCAGCCUCUCAGUCCCAGCAGCAGACUGAGCUUCUCCGCAGACAACCGGACAGUGUUCAUACAACCUGUGGACUCCUCCAGCCAUGGGCCCUACCAGUGUCGAGUCAGCAACCCAGUCAGCAGCAUGACUGUGGCUCAUAACCUGACUGUCAACUUUGGACCACAUAACAUUUCAAUCAUUGGACCGUCAGCAGCUCCGCCCGGCCAGCGAGUGACACUGCAGUGCACGGCCGACUCUGUCCCCCCGGCAAACUUCAGCUGGAUGUUCAAUGGCAACGAGACUAGUGUUGACAACUCCAUGUUUAUCAUAGAAAGGCUGAAUGCAGAGAACACAGGGAAUUACACCUGCAGCGCCCGAAACCUGGUGACCAUGCGGGAAAACUCCACGGUGCUGAAUCUGAGAGGUAAGGAACUGGAGAACGAUCCAUGA